AUGGAAGUGAAUGAAGUUAUUAAAGGAAUCUUUUUUCUUGUGAUAGCAGUAAUUGGAAUUCCUGGAAACCUUGUCAUCAUGGGAUCAUUUUCCUGGACAGCAUAUACUACACUGAAAUUGCUGCCAGUUGAAGUGGUCAUAUGUAACUUAGCUGUGGCAAAUUUAAUUUUAGCAUUCACCAGGGGGCUGCCAGCAGCAUUGUUUAUGUUGUUUCACUUGAAGAUUAACAGUGAUAUCGGAUGCAUUAUACUUGUUUACUUAGCUAGAAUAUCAAGAGGAUUGGCUAUGUGUUUCACCUGCGUUCUCAGCUGUGUUCAGUUCAUAACAAUUAUUCCAACCACAUCCAAAUGGGUUUAUCUGAAGCCUAAAGUGACAAAGCAUAUUUUCUUUAUAGCCUUCAUUCUCUGGCCAUUGUACCUACUGAUGGAAACUGCUCCUAUUUUCGUGGCACGUGCUGUUAUGAACUUCACUUCUUCUGAGUUCACAUUUAAUUUUGGUUACUGUCUGGCACUGUUUCCCACAGCACUUACCUAUCACCUAAAUGGGUUUGGACUUUUCAGCAGAGACCUUAUAUUAGUAGGCGUUAUGAGCCUUGCCAGUACCUCCAUUUUACAUAUUUUACUGAAACACAGGAAACAGCUGAAUGAUAUCAGGAAGAGUAAUGGAAGUGAGAAGAGCGUUGCAGAGAUCAGUGCAGCUAAGAUUAUAGUGACUUUAGUGAUUAUUUAUGUCAUAUUCUUUGGGGUUGAGAAUACUAUUUGGUUUUAUCAAAUUAUAGGUUCAACAGUUGUUCACCAUAUGACUUCUGAUGUCAGACAUUUCUUUUCUGUAUGUUACACAUUUUUCUUUCCAGCUGCAAUCAUUGUGACAAAUAAAAAAGUAAAAAAUGUUUUAAACUGUUCUUCUCGGCAAGAAAACAUAGAACGAUAA